UCAGAGGCAGUGUCGCUGCUGCAUCCAACUGAGCGUGUAACUUUACCGAAGACAGUUACUUCGCCAGAAAAAACUUUUUUUAAAGGUCCCAUUGAAAGCAUAGCCAUGUUGGUCUCUUCUGCAUUUUGGUGCUUCCUCAGUCUCUUGAACCUGCUGACCAUGGUUCAGACCCAGACUCUAUCUCAGCAGCCGAAGAUUCAGCUCCGCCUUGCUGGAAACAAACGCAAGCAUUACGAGGGCCGCGUGGAGGUUUACUAUAACAACGAAUGGGGAACUGUCUGUGAUGAUGAUUUCUCAAUCGAAGCCGCCCACGUCGUGUGCCGGGAACUUGGCUUCCUGGGUGCUGUUUCUUGGUCACCAUCUGCAAAGUUCGGACAAGGAGAAGGUCGCAUUUGGCUGGACAAUGUCCACUGUGCAGGAAGAGAGAAAUCUCUUGCUGAUUGCCCCUCAAAUGGCUUUGGGGUGUCUGACUGCAGACACAGUGAAGAUGUCGGGGUGGUUUGCAAUCAGAAGCGCAUUCCUGGCCACAAGUUUAUCAUCAAAACACUGAACAAUGAUGUUGAGACUCUCGAAGAAAGGGUAGAAGAAAUCCGUAUGAGACCCAUAUCAUCCCAUCUCAAGCGCAUACCCGUCACGGAGGGGUACGUGGAGGUGAAGGCCCACGGAAAAUGGCGACAGAUCUGCGAUGAGGAGUGGACACCCAUGAACAGCCGCGUUGUCUGUGGAAUGUACGGAUUCCCUGGAGAGAAGAAAUACAACAACAAAAUCUACAAGUCGCUGUCAAUGCGGAAGAAAAAGAACUACUGGGGUUUCUCUGUGAACUGUACAGGAAAUGAGGCCCAACUGUCUGGCUGUAGACUGGGCAAGCCUCUGGAGCCAAAGCGCAAUGGCACCUGUGGACGUGGCCUACCCGUGGUGGUCAGCUGUGUGCCUGGAAGAGCUUUUGCCCCCUCACCCUCCACUGGCUUCCGAAAGGCCUACAGACCAUCGCAACCGCUGGUGCGUCUGCGGGGAGGUGCUAAUAUUGGUGAGGGAAGAGUGGAGGUGCUGAAGAAUGGAGUUUGGGGAACUGUGUGUGAUGAUAACUGGAAUCUGAAAGCCGCCACUGUCGUGUGUCGCGAGCUUGGCUACGGGAGCGCAGAAGAGGCUCUCACUGGAGCAAAGUUAGGCCAAGGAAUCGGCCCGGUCCAUAUGAAUGAGGUGGAGUGCUCUGGUUUUGAGAAAUCUCUUACUGACUGCUACUUCAAUAAUGAUGCACUGGGCUGCAGCCAUGAGGAGGACGCUGCUGUACGCUGCAAUGUUCCUGCCAUGGGUUUCCAGAAGAGGAUUCGUCUAGCUGGAGGAAGAAACCCGUAUGAGGGGCGUGUGGAGGUUCUUGCUGAGAAGAAUGGUUCUCUGGUUUGGGGAACUGUUUGCAGUGAAAACUGGGGGAUAAUAGAUGCGAUGGUUGUCUGCAGACAGUUGGGAUUAGGCUUCGCCAGUCAUGCAUUUCAGGAGACUUGGUACUGGGCUGGAGAUGGCAGUGUGGAUGAUGUGGUGAUGAGUGGGGUCAGAUGCUCAGGCACUGAGAUGAGUCUCACACAGUGUCUUCAUCACGGCAAAUACAUCAACUGUCCUAAAGGAGGCGGACGCUUCGCCGCUGGAGUCUCCUGCUCAGAGACUGCCCCUGACCUGGUGCUGAACGCUGAGCUGGUGGAGCAGACUACCUAUCUGGAAGACCGGCCCAUGUACGCUCUGCAGUGUGCCCUCGAGGAGAAUUGCCUGUCCAGCACUGCCAGAAAAAAUGACCACAGCUCGUAUCGGCGCCUGCUCCGUUUCUCCUCCCAGAUCCACAAUGUCGGCCAAUCCGACUUCAGACCCAAAAUGGGAUACCACGCCUGGAUCUGGCAUGAGUGUCACAGGCAUUAUCACAGCAUAGAGGUUUUCACACAUUAUGACCUGCUGAGUCUAAAUGGCACCAAGGUGGCAGAGGGUCACAAGGCCAGCUUCUGCCUGGAAGACACUCAGUGUGAUGAGGGUAUUCAGAAACGAUAUCUUUGUGCCAACUUUGGUGAACAGGGCAUCACCGUUGGCUGCUGGGACACCUACAGACACGACAUCGAUUGUCAGUGGAUCGAUAUCACAGAAGUGAAACCAGGAGACUACAUAUUUCAGGUUAUUAUCAAUCCAAACUAUGAUGUAGCAGAAUCAGAUUACACUAACAACAUCAUGAGGUGCAAAUGUCGCUAUGAUGGAUACAGGAUAUGGACGUACAACUGUCAUACAGGUGGCUCGUGGAGUUCAGACAUGGAUGAAUACCCUGGAAUGAGCAACCAGUUGUUCAACAGAUAGAGGAGGAAACUGUCAGGAAAGACAAAGGCUCUCGGUGGAGGAUGCUGCAAGCUGUCACUCAGACUUUUACAAUUUGAUUGACCACUAGAGAGUCUCAGAACUGUGCUGGGAGCAAGAGAUCCAGCACUUAAAGGGCAGACACUGACCUCUGCCCUUUUACAGACCUCCAAGUGUAGAUGCACCCUUUAGGUUGAAAGGCAGAUCAUGUUUUGCAUAAUUCUUACUACAAUAUAUCACGCUCGCUCUGAACCGAAAGUAUCUCACUUCCUUAAAAUGUACUGUACCGAUUGCAUUUGUCGCUUGUAGUCUUUACAAACUCAUGCCGUGAAGUAAAGUUCAAACUAUAAUGCGAACUGGGAUCAUCAACAUUUCAACUCUUUCAUAUGCUUUUUCUCCAUUGGACUAUAACUUAAAGAUACAGUUCACCCCAAAAUUAAAACAUUGUCAUUUACUCACCUUCAUUCUGUUCAUAUAACUUACUUUAUUCUGUGGAAGACAAAACACUUUUAGAAAGUCAUACGGGUUUGGAACAACCCAUGCGUAAUUGAUGACAGAAUUUGAACUUUUAGAUGAACUAUCCCUUUAAAAUAUUGCAGUUUCAUAAACAAACCCAAUUUUUACUGCAUGUACAGAUUACUUGCAGCUCUGUUAGACACUUUUGUGGUUAUUCAUCAAGCAUGUCAAGUAAUUUAUUAUGUUCAGUCAGGGAUUUUUUGUCAACUUUAAAUGUACGCAAUGUGAAACUGUAAUUUGUUGCAAAUCUUUUGGAAAAGCUCCCUCCGUUUUAUGAGGGUACCUAUGACCGGUUAAAUGGUUUUAAGAUAUACAGUGUGUUUAUGAAUGGAUGGAACAACACACAUUGUGAAACCAUUGCAUUGUAUUAUAUAAUAAAAGAA